AUGUUGGAUAUAAUUGCAAGACUUCCACCAAAAAAUGUUGCUCAAUGUAAGCUUGUCUGCAAGGAGUGGUUAGAUUUCAUUUUAGAUCGUAAGUUUGUAAGGGCUCAUUGUCAUUACAUGCGUGCAUCGGCUGAUCAAAAAUUGUUGAUGGUUGGUUGGAAGACUAUCGAAGUACAUUCCUUAAAUUAUAAGUCCCCGGGAUUUAUUGUACCAAGAGGUGUUGCCCGCCCGUUCUAUGCUCAUCCUUCUAGAAUGUUUUUUUUGGCAAGUUUGGAUGGUAUGUUGUGUGUUUGUCUCCAAAACACUUGUGAGCUGGUUGUUUGGAAUCCAUUGACGACUAAGUUCAAGAAGUUGGCAAAUUCUAAUUCGCAAGGUUUCUACAAAGUUGAUAGAGAUGCUCUAGGAUUUUUUGUUGACUCUUCUGAUGAUUACAACAUUUUACAUAUUAAACGUAGACGAGGUACAAUGACCGUUUAUAUUUAUUCGAUGGAGUUGAAUUCAUGGAGUACUGUACGCUUCCUAAAACACCGUCCGUACCACCAUUAUACGUACCUUUGGUCGCCAGCAACUUUGUGUGGUGGUGGUUUGUAUUUUGUCGUUACCCAAUGUCGUGGUCGUUCAGAUGGAUUGUCGGUUAUUCGUUUUGAUGUGAAUUCAAAGUCGUUUUCUGAAUUGUGUUUCCCCAAUGUAUAUGACGAUGAAGUUAGUGGAAGUUUAGUUAACAUAAACGAGGAGCUUCAUAUGUAUGUUUGUAUCGGAAACUAUGACUAUAGACGAGAAAUUAUAUAUGUAUCUGAAGGUGUUGAUAUGAGUGCACCUAUAUCAAAUGAUUCUGAUUCAAUUUCUUCGGUCCCUUCGCAUGAGACGUCAGCAUCUACACGUGUUGAAUGUCGUAGGGGCCGUGGACGUAUGGGCCGUCCUCGAUUGCGGGAGCGACUUCCUGUUGUGACGCCUGAUGUUGCAUCCUCUCAACGGUGUUCUUACGUUGGUAGUUCUAGCAGAAGUGUGGUACGCUAUAUGCGUAUGUCAAAUGAAAAUGUGCAACCUUCUCCGAUCCCUUCAAUUUCGGAUUCAUUUGCGGUUAUACGUACCACUCAGGAAAAUAUAUCUUCUAAUGCAACGACUGAAGUAGGGCGUAGACGGACGGGCCAAAUGGGUCGUCCUCGAUUACGUGAUCGCCCUUCUGAUUUAACAAGUGAGGCUACAAGUACUCAAAGACGUUGCAAUGUUGAUCGUAUCAACAGAGGUGUUGUGCAUUAUACCAGUAGAACAAAUGGAGCUGCGCAAUCUUCAUUAGGUUCAACGGUUUCACAAACAUCUGGAUGUCUACAUUCGAAUCAACUUGAAGUACCUUCCCGUGCAAGUGUCUUUCAAGACGAAAACAGAUAUCGGCGAUGUCCGUCGUAUUGGGAUAUCGGUGAUGCAAACCAUAGUUGUGUUCAUUGUGGAGCUAUGCUUUGGUAUGAGGAACGAACUAUUAAAAGUUUAACUCCUCGUGUUCCAAGUUUUUCAUUAUGUUGUAGUGAAGGAAAGGUUUGCUUGCCAUUUCUUCGACAUCCUCCUCAAACAUUGGGUCGUCUUCUUGAUUACAAUGGGGAAACACGAUCUCGCGUGUUUAGAGAAAACAUAAAGCUUUUAAAUGCGAUGUUUGCAUUUACCUCAACCGGUGGGAGAAUAUCUACGGAUUUAAAUGAUGGUCGUGGGCCUUAUACAUUCCGUUUGAAUGGCCACAACCAUCAUAAUAUUGGAUCAUUGUUGCCUAUGCAUCCUGAUGGACGCCCUAGAUUUGCUCAAUUGUACGUUUAUGACACGGAAAAUGAGAUUGAUAAUCGCUUUUAUGCUUUGCGAGAUUGUGUGUCACCAACGUCUGAUCAAGUCAUCCUGCGCACAUUAGUGAAUGACUUGCUGUUGAUGCUUGAUGCGAACAAUGCAUUAGUUCAGGCUUUUAGGAUGGCACGUGAAAGGUUUAAUGACAACUCAAUGCAACGUCUUACGCUUCGCUUGCUUGGUACGCGAAAUAGAAGAGAAGGACAAUAUUCUUUGCCUACUGUUCCUGAAGUGGCUGCACUGAUUCCAGGUGAUGGAAAUCCUACAGACUCACGUGAUAUUAUUAUUGAAGAACGUGGUAGUCGUAGUGCAAAGCGUAUAUCUGAAUUGCACCCAAGUUUUAUGGCGUUGCAGUAUCCUUUGUUGUUUCCGUAUGGAGAAGAUGGAUUCCAUCUUAAUAUUCCUCUAUGUAAUAUAUCUGCAUCAAGUAGGCGGCAAUCGGUUUCAUUAAGAGAAUAUUAUUCUUACCGUUUACAACUUAGGAGGAAUGAAGGUAAGACAUUACACAAAUCUGGCCGUUUAUUUCAGACGUAUGUUGUGGACUGUUAUUCAGCUAUCCUUGAACAUGAGAUGAAUUGGUAUAAACAAAACCAAAACACUAUUCGUUCGGAUCUGUAUAAUGGUUUAUGUGAUCGUAUCGCUGAUGGUGAAACAAGUUGUGAAGCAGUUGGUCGACGUGUUAUCCUGCCAGCAACAUUUGCCGGUGGGCCAAGAUAUAUGAUUCAACAGUAUCAGGAUGCAAUGGCUAUUUGUCGUUGGGCCGGGGCUCCGGACCUUUUUAUUACUAUGACAUGCAAUUCAAAAUGGCCGGAAAUUACCCGACACAUUCAAGCAACAACCCCUGGUAUGAGUGCAUCCGACCGCCCUGACAUUGUUGCCCGUGUUUUCAAAAUUAAACUUGAUGAACUUAUCAAAGACAUAAGGAAAAGGAAUAUUUUUGGACACACGAAAGCAGUUAUCUAUACAAUCGAGUUUCAGAAACGAGGACUUCCACACUCUCAUAUUCUGCUUUUUUUACAACCUGAAGAUAAGAUAAAUACGGUUGACAAUAUCGAUAAAUAUAUAUCUGCGGAGCUUCCUUCGGAGGUGGAAGACCCUAUAGCUUUCGGUAUUGUUCGUUCACAAAUGAUGCAUGGUCCAUGUGGUUUGCUCAACCCUUCAAGUCCUUGUAUGCAUAAUGGUGUAUGUAGUAAAGGGUACCCAAAGAAUUAUUGUGAGGAGACAUUCAUCCGAAAUGAUGGUUGGCCGUGUUAUAAGAGGCCCAAUAAUUCAAGAGUUGUUAAAGUUGGUUCUCAAGAUAUUAAGCUUGAUAAUCGGUAUGUUGUUCCGUAUAACCGUGAAUUGUUGGUGAAAUAUGGUUGUCACAUUAAUGUGGAGUGGUGCAACCAAGGGAUGUUAGUCAAGUAUCUUUUUACUUAUAUAAACAAAGGUCCAGAUCGUGCAACUGUGGUUUUGGAAGGUGCUCAAAAUAGGACAACGUUUGCGUCCUUAUUACAUAAUGAAAAUGAAAUUGAGGAAUAUUUAAAUUGUCGGUAUAUAUCUUCUAUUGAGGCAUGUUGGAAGAUUUUUGAAUUUGAAAUGAAGUACCGUGAUGUUGCUGUUGAGCGAUUACCUUUUCAUGAGGAAGGGUGUAAUAGAGUGUAUUUUCAUGAUAAUGAUGAGGUUGAGGAAGUUGCCCAACGUGCUACGGCUAGCAUGUCAAAAUUUACUGAAUGGUUUCGGGCAAAUGAAAGGUUUCCGCAUGGUCGUUCUUUGACAUAUGUAGAAUUUCCAACAAAGUUCACUUGGCAUGAAAAGGAGAAGGAGUGGUUGCCACGACAUAGGGUGACUUCUAUUGGCCGCAUUUAUUAUGUGAGCCCAUCGAUGGGUGAAAAGUAUUACCUCCACAUUCGUACGGUUGAUGGUGUUGAGCAUCCAACUUAUAUGUCUGCUUGCAAUGCGUUGGGUUUGUUAGGAGAUGAUGUUGAGUGGGUAGAUUCAAUACGUGAAGCUUCUCAAUGGCAGUUGGGGAAUCAACUUCAGGAUAUUGCUUACAAUCGACGCACAAUGCUGCAGAAUGAUGAUGUGGUAUUCACAGAUGAAGAGAUUCUCAAUUAUACAUUGAUUGAGAUUGAAAGAGUUUUUAAUUGGUCAUGGGAGGUGUUUGAUUAUGUAUGUGAUUGUGUUGAUAGACGGACGGGUGGUGCUGUUUUUGUUUUUGGUAGUGGAGGGACGGGAAAAACGUAUUUAUGGAAGACUCUCAUUUCCUGUUUUCGUUCACGUGGCCAAAUCGUCUUGUCUGUUGCUUCUUCUGGGAUUGCCUCUCUUCUACUACCUGGUGGUCGUACAGCGCAUUCGCGUUUUAAGAUUCCCUUUGAACUUGAUAAGGAUUCUUGCUGCUCGAUUGAUGUUGGGACGGAUCUUGCUGGGCUGAUUAAUGAUGCCGCGCUUAUAAUAUGGGAUGAGGCACCGUUGCAACAUCGUUAUGCAUUUGAAGCGGUUGACCGUACUUUUAGAGAUAUUUGUCGAAAUAAUAUACCUGGUGCAGACCGUCGAGUAUUGGAGGGAAAUGUGUCGCUCUUGGAGGAGACUUUCGACAAAUUCUUCCUUUCAAGUGUUAAUGACGAUGUUGUAAUACAACAUCGAGAUUUCAAUAAGUGGAUUUUAGAUAUGGGGUCUGGUCGUCUUCCUGCAAUUUCGCUAGACGGGGAAGAUGAGAGAACUUGGAUUAAUAUACCUCGCGAUCUAUUGAUUCCUGUUUCAGAUAAUCCUAUUGAAUCAGUUGUUUCAGAUACAUUUCCUAAUAUAGAAGAACGAUUCACUGAUGUUUCUUACCUACAGGAGCGCUGUAUUUUAUCAUCGACUAACAAUGAGGUUGAUACGAUUAAUCUACAUGUUCUUGAUAAGUUGCCAGGUGACAAUCAUGAGUUAUUUAGUCUCGAUUCCAUUUGUGCAAGUACAAAUAAUAUUGAAGAAAUGCAGGCUAUGUAUCCUACGGAGUUUCUUAAUACUUUACAGUUUUCUGGCUUACCGAAUCACAUAUUAAAGUUAAAGGUUGGGGCACCGAUCAUACUACUACGUAACUUGAAUCUCAAGAAAGGAUUGUGUAAUGGGACCCGUUUAAGUGGUUACUCAAAUAAGUCGUCGUGUUAUUGA